AUGGAGAGGAUCACAGUCAACCCUCGGCGUACAGCUCGCGUUGCUGAGCUACUCAAUGACUUCCGCACGUUGCAGUACUGGAUCACUGAGGGGCCCAAGGGGCCGGUCCAUCCGGACGAUUACUACGCCGCCGGCUGGGUGGAACUUAGGCAGUGCCUGGAGGACGGAAAGCACAUUCUCGAUUGUGCGGCCGACAUCACGGUGCCGAUGGCUCAUGGCGGGCCUGAUGAGCAAGUCAAGGCCCAACUUCAACAGCACGAGGCGCAAAAGAUCUACAAUCGGACGCAAGCGGCCUUGACUUGGGUUGCUAUGCGCGACCAGAUCCUCGCGGGUGGCAGGCCGCACGCGGGGAACGCAGCACAGUUGAUGGCUCUGGAUCAGCAGCUGUGGAAUGACCUGGCUCUUAUCACAGACGAAGCGGUCUACGAGCAGCUGCGUGUGUCCGAUAUCGCCUCAGGCCGCUGGACCGGCGCAGAUCCCAACCUGUACGAGGUGCAGUGCUGGAUCGCCGUGCGGAAGCAGGGAGCAGCUUGA